CGGCUCUUACAGACGGGGUGCGCGUGUGUGUGGGAGGGAGGGCUGCUGGUCACGAGUUAGCGUUCUCGUCAUCAUGGCGGCCGCGAGCGCCAGUUAGCCAGCCAGCCAACGCGAGAAUCCUGUUUAACGUCGCCUGCGCGCGCGCCGGGCAGAACGUUCGCCUCCGCUUGGCCCCGCCCCUUGCCCGCGACUCCUCCCUCCCCCCCUCCGCUCUUUCUCCCACCAUAGCGAGUAGUAGGGCCAAUCUAGGACCCGACUAGCGAGCGGAGGACCCAGGGGGAGCCGCCUUCGCCGCCGCCCAUCGCACUCCCAGAGGCAACCUGCAGGGUAGGCCUUGCCGGGGCCUCUGCCGAGCCGCCGCCAUGCAGAUCACGCUGAAGACACUGCAGCAGCAGACCUUCAAGAUAGACAUCGAUCCCGAGGAGACGGUAAAAGCAUUGAAAGAGAAGAUUGAAUCAGAAAAAGGAAAAGAUGCUUUUCCUGUAGCGGGCCAAAAAUUAAUAUAUGCAGGUAAAAUACUUAAUGAUGAUACUGCUCUUAAAGAGUAUAAAAUUGAUGAGAAGAACUUUGUUGUGGUUAUGGUGACAAAACCCAAAGCAGCAGCAACAGCAGCAGCUGUUCCAGCUCCAUCACCAGCUACAACUCAGCAGACAAGUGCUGCUAUCACUACUGUUAGCUCUUCUACGAUAGCUGCUGCAGCCCCAACACCAGCACCUGUCCCAGCCCCUGCUUCUGGACCAGUUUCAGUUCCUGCACCAGCUGCUCCAACACCAGCUGCAGUAGCUUGUGAGCCUGCACCAGUAAGUGCCCCCGUAGAAGAGAAACCAGCAGAGAAAUCAUUAGAGUCACCAGCUGACACCAGUCCAUUACCGACAGACAGUCCAUCAGGUGAUACAUCACGAUCAAAUCUCUUUGAAGAUGCUACAAGUGCACUUGUGACAGGCCAGUCCUAUGAAAACAUGGUGACAGAGAUCAUGUCAAUGGGAUAUGAACGAGAGCAAGUGAUUGCUGCAUUGAGAGCCAGCUUCAACAAUCCUGACAGGGCAGUGGAAUAUCUUCUAAUGGGAAUCCCUGGGGACAGAGAGAGUCAAGGUAUGGCUGAUCCCCCUCAAGCAGCCAGCACUGGUGCUUCUCCAUCUUCAGCAGCAGUGGCAGCAGCGGCAACUACAACUACUACAACUACUACUAGUUCUACAGGAGGACAUCCACUUGAAUUUUUACGAAAUCAACCUCAGUUCCAGCAGAUGAGGCAAAUUAUUCAGCAGAAUCCAUCUCUUUUACCUGCGUUGCUACAGCAAAUAGGACGGGAAAAUCCUCAGCUAUUGCAGUCCUCCCAUGCACCACAGCAAAUAAGCCAACAUCAAGAGCAUUUUAUUCAGAUGUUAAAUGAGCCCGUUCAAGAGUCAGGUCAAGGGGGCGGUGGCAGUGGUGGCGGUGGUGGUGGAGUAGCAGCAGAAGCUGGAAGCCGUCACAUGAACUAUAUUCAAGUAACACCUCAGGAAAAAGAAGCUAUAGAAAGGUUAAAGGCACUAGGGUUCCCUGAAGGACUUGUGAUACAAGCAUAUUUUGCAUGCGAGAAGAAUGAAAAUUUGGCAGCCAACUUCCUUCUACAACAGAACUUUGAUGAAGAUUGAAAGGGACAGACUUUUUAAAAAUCUCACACAUCACACCAGUGCAUUACACUAGCUGUUCACUGGAUUGUCUGGGAUACUUGGGCUCAUAUCCAUGAUACUUGGUGUAAGGUAUGGGGGGGGUGGGAGGGAGGGAGGGAGAAGAAAAUAUAGAAAGAACACAAGGAAAGACAAGCAUGUCUCUGCUCUAAAUCAGCAGAUGCAGCAGAUCACAAAAUGUAAAAUACUAUACAACCAAAAAUCAGCUUUUUUGCAGAUAUUUAGUUCCUUCUAUAAACUUGACUUUAUUUCUCCCCUCCCCUGCCCCCCCCUCCUGGUUUUCACUCUUUUAGUGUACUAGUUCCCAAAAUUAGUGUGGUGCCCUGCUUUGUUUCUUUUUAAUUAACAUUGGUCUUGGAAAUAGCCUUUGCUACCUAGAAUUGACAGUCUGUAUUUCAUGGUAACACUGGAUAACGGCUUUGUAAAUUGAAGAAAAGUAUAUUUGAGCAACUGUACAACAUAAAUGCCAAAAAUGUUGGUGGAGGGGUGUUUUUUGCUGCUUCAGAUUGUAUCAAAUUACUGCAAGAGACCCAUCUCACCCAAAUGGUUGAAUUAGAAUUUUUCAAAUUUAUAAACCACUAAUUGUUUUAGAUUCUUGAUCAUUGACUUGUGAGAAGUCUUUCCCUAGCCCUGCCCCCUUCCUCCUUUUAUAAUGUAAGUGGAGAGGCUAUAUACACAGAUUAAAAUUAUACUUUUUCUCUAUUGGUCAAAGACUACAAGAUAACCCUAAUUACUGAUUACAUUGCCAUUAUGUUUCAGUAAAGUUUUU